AUGUUACAGGCUUUGGUCAAAUGCAAGUUCACAUCAUUAGCAUUCCUGUUAUUAGCUGUCCAAACAGCUUCAUCACAAUCGUUGCUCAAUAACUCCACCUACGUCUCACGAAGUUCUCUUUCUACGUCAACUUUACCAUCGAGUUCUUUAUUUCCAGAAUCAUCUACAUCAUCAUAUAUUCCAUCCUCUUCCUCUUCAGAACAAGAAUCUUCUACAUCAAAGUCUGAAAAUAUACUGUAUGCUACAUCUUCGAAUACCACCACACAAGCAUCUUCCACUAGAUUAAACUCAUUAUCAUCUUCCUCUUCAUCAAGGCAUAUAUCUUCCGUAUCUUCUACAUCAUCGUCCACUUCAACUUCCAGUUCAUAUUCGAGUACAAUAACAUCAUCGCCAUCCUCUGACUCUGUAGCCUUUGCUCUAGUAACCACUGUGGUUCAAGGGAAGACUGUCGUUUCAGAUCGUUACACUACAAUAACGUAUUCUCCAACUACUACCGCAAGCUCAAAGAAGACACAUGGCCUAUCAAAAAAAAGCAAAAAUAUCAUCAUUGGCUGUGUAGUUGGUAUUGGUGUUCCAUUGAUAAUCGCCUGUCUUGCUAUUUUCUACAUGUUCUUUAUCAGAUCAAAGAGAACGGAUUUCAUCGAUUCAAAUGGUAAUGUUGUCACUGCAUACCGUGCCAAUAAAAUCAAUAGGCUCUGGAACUAUCUUAGUGGUAAAGAUAUGGGUGACGAAGAGUACGAUUCUAACCUACCGCUAGGCACUGCCACUUCAUCAGAUGAAGAAUUCAUGGCUGAUUCAAAUACUGGGGACGUCAGUAGAAGGCCUACAGAGAAACUAAACGGUAGUACAAGCCCAGCAGCUCAUUCUAACGACUUGAUGCUGGAUGAAGAAAGGUUCUACGAUGAAGAUGGGAACGAACUGAACGCCAGAAAUUACUGA